UGGUCUCACCAACUCUCCAAGGUUACUUAAUAAUAGUUCGUUCGUCUAUCCACCCACAGAUAUACAAAGGCAAAAUCUUCCAUAUUUUACAACUUUCUUAUUGUUUAUCCUAUAAUGGAAGCUUCACAAAAUCUUAAGACACCCCCAAAGUUCAUUAACACACCCGCAAAUUUCAUGAAGGACGAUGAUGUGAGCCAAGAAUGUAAGAAUCUGAUCUCUUCUUUACCUACUUCAGACAAAGAUUACACGGGGAAAAAACUCUACAACUACCAAGGAUCUUGGUUCUAUCCCAACACAAUCCAAGCAAUCCUAAACUUCCAAAAGCAUUUCCGAGCACGAGACAGCGAUAUCAUCCUAGCUUCUUUACCCAAAUCAGGAACCACCUGGCUCAAGGCUCUUGUAUUUGCCGUCGUCCAUAGAAACAAGUAUGCUCCUAAUCUUGUAUCCCAUCCUCUCCUCUCCGACAAUCCCCACAACCUUGUCCGGUUUCUUGAAGUUGAUUUAUAUGUUAAGAAUCAGUGUCCUGGCCUCGAAGAGCUUCCUUCGCCUAGGAUUUUUGCAACCCACGUGCCUUUUCAAAAGCUUCGUGAAUCUCUAAGAGAUUCUCCUUGCAAGGUUGUUUACGUGUGUAGGAACAUAAAAGAUGUGUUGGUCUCUCGUUGGCAUUUCAGGAGCAAGAUUGUUAGUAACUACUCGCUUGAAGAUAUGAUCAAUGAGUAUAUUAAAGGGGCUUACUUCUGCGGACCGAUUGAGGAACAAGUAUUGAGCUACUGGAAAGAGAGCUUGGUGAAUUCGAAUCUGGUACUCUUCAUGAGGUAUGAAGAAAUGAUAGAGAAGCCUGUGGCUCAAGUUAUGAGGCUCGCUGAUUUCUUAGGUUGUUCGUUCUCUGAAGAAGAAAAGCAAAGUGGAAUGGUGGAGAAGAUCUUGGAACUUUGUAGUCUUGGUAACUUGAGUAACUUGGAAGCUAACAAGAUUGGGACAUCUACUUGUGGAAUCGCUCACCAUGCGUUUUUUCGUAAAGGAGGAGUCGGUGACUGGAAGAAUCAUCUCACCGAUGAGAUGGCAAGAAAAAUUAAUGAGAUGGUCGAAAAGAAACUAGAAGGUUCAGGGUUGAAGUUUGAUUGAUCCAAGUUCAUAAUGAUUUUUAUAUGUUUGAUAUUCAAUAAAAUCUUGUUAUGGUAAAGAUUGUAUGAAAGCUAGCUCAAACACAGUUUGGCUAUUCUUGGUGUGUUGUUUUUAUUCUUAAAGAUAAUGGAAAAGUUGUGCAUUUUUUUUA